GUUUAUAUUGUGGAAUGUGAUUAUACUUUUAAUUAUCCAUGAAUUCCGUAAUUUAUGGAGUACAUUAAGUAAAUUUAAAAAAUAUAUCUUAUUCCUUCCCAAAAAUAGUGUUUUUAAACUAAAUAUGGCCGAUGUACGAGAUAUUAUGGAGUUGGAGAGACCCUCCACUCCGGAGGUAACUCGAGACAUGAUAAUGGGGCACGAUAAAGUGAAGAAAAAAACAUCUACUGGCCCCAAAGUACCUCGAAGACCGGAGGGAAUGCACCGAGAAGUGUUUGCUUUGCUGUAUAAUGAUAAUAAAGAUGCCCCACCACUGUUCCCUUCCGAUACUAUUGGUAAUAACGGUUACAAGCAAACUAAGAUAAAACUGGGAAUGAGAAAGCCUAGGAAAUGGAUGUGGAUGCCUUUUACCAACCCGGCCAGAACAGACAAUGCUACUUUCCAUCAUUGGAGAAGGCCUUCCGAUGAGCCUAAAGAAUAUCCUUUCGCUAAAUUUAAUAAAAAAGUUGAUAUCCCAAAGUACACCGAUGUGGAAUACCAGCAGCAUUUAAAAUGUGACCGAUGGUCGAAAGAAGAAACCGAUCACUUAAUGGAAUUAGCCGAGAGAUUUGACCUAAGGUUCAUCAUAAUGGCCGAUCGUUACAAUAGCGAGAAAUUUUCUAAACGAUCUGUAGAGGAUCUAAAGCAGCGCUAUUACAAAAUUUGUGGAAUAUUAGCCAAAAUGAGCGGGGAAAAGCGGAUCUACACUUACGAUGCUGACCACGAGCGCAGAAGAAAGGAACAGUUAAAGAAAUUGUACCAAAGGAAACCCGAGCAGAUCGAAGAAGAACAAUUUCUGAUAAGCGAGCUGAAGAAGAUCGAAGCGCGCAAGAAAGAAAGAGAAAGGAAAACUCAAGAUUUGCAGAAACUGAUAAGUCAGGCAGACAGUCAAAAUGACACGCCUCGAAGAAGCGAUAAAAAAAUAACGAAGAAGAAAAUCACGAAUCUCAACAGACCUUCUAGAGUGGACACCAAUCAUAUUUUACAGAGUAUAGAAAGUGCAGGUAUCAAAUUCCCCGAUUACAAGAAUAGCGGUGUAUCGUUGAGAUCGCAGAGGAUGAAAUUACCCGCAAAUGUCGGUCAGAAAAAGUCCAAAGGAGUCGAACAAAUUUUACAAGAAAUGGAUUUGGAAUUAAAUCCAACACCUUCCGAAGAAAUAUGCCAGCAUUUUAACGAACUGAGAAGCGAUAUGGUAUUGUUAAUGGAGAUAAAAAGCGCUCUAGGCACUUGUGAGUACGAAUUGCAGUCACUGAGACAUCAAUACGAAGCUGUUAAUCCUGGAAAGACGUUAUCCAUUCCUCCGCAACUUAUGCCUAACACUACAGAAGUUGAGGCCAAAAUAAACACCAGUGAAAUAAUCGAUGUGGUUGGAUCUCCAGAAACACAAUCUAAUAUUUAAGUAAUUAUAUUGAAAUGUUUAGUUUGAUUUAGUAAUAAAAUUUUCCAUUGGUG